AUUCGAAGGACGAGCCGUUGUUGUUGUGCGUACACAGAAUCAUCUCUUCGGCUACAGGUGGCAACAGGUGAGAGCGCCUAGUUUCGUCUCAAAGGUAAACAUGGACAAGUCGCACGAAUCGAUCGCAGCGGCCAACGGAACGCAACAGCGCCAACAUGUUGAGCUGACGAACACCUUGCAAAAGUGGGGCGAUAGUUUCGGUGUCACCUUGGAAAGUUUGGAAUUCGCCAAGCGAAUGGAUGCCGUCGACCCGCUUCGAGAUAUCCGAGCCAAUUUCACCUUCCCCACGAUGAAAGAUUUGCCUUGUGUGGAUCAGUCGCUUGUUGAAAAUCUUGACGAGGAAUGCAUUUACCUGUGUGGAAAUUCUCUCGGCCUCAAACCCAAACGUGCCGAUGCCUACCAACAAGACGUUUUGAAUUGCUGGGGUAAAUUGGGUGUAUUCACCCAUUUCACUGGGCGCUUCCCUGCCGCCCAGUGCGAUCUACUGGUCAAAGAAUCUUUGGUCAAACUGGUGGGUGCCGGGCAUUCGGAUGAAGUCGUUUGCAUGAACGGCCUGUCGGUCAACAUUCAUUUGCUGCUCAUUUCCUUCUACCGGCCGACAGCCAAUCGCUACAAAAUCAUGAUUGAAGGCCACGCUUUUCCUUCCGACCGAUACGCAGUUGUAUCGCAAUUAAAAUUGCACGGUUACACGGAAGAAGAUGGAUUGGUUAUUUUACAAACUAGACCGGGUGAGCAUCUUCUCCGCACGGAGGAUAUUCUAGCGGCUAUUCAAGAGCAUGGGCAAAGCGUAGCCGUCGUCUUCUUGUCCGGAGUUCAUUAUUAUACGGGACAGAAAUUUGACAUAGAGACGAUCACAAAGAGUGGCCAAGCUCAAGGGUGUCUUGUUGGAUGGGAUUUGGCUCACGCUGCAGGCAACACCGAAUUAAAACUUCACGACUGGUCAGUGGAUUUCGCCUGCUGGUGUUCUUAUAAGUAUCUGAAUUCAGGAGCGGGUUGCAUUGCCGGCGCUUUUAUUCACCGAAAACACCAUCAAGAUGAUCGCCCAAGGCUCUGCGGAUGGUGGAGUAAUCGCGAAGAAACGCGAUUCGAUAUGCAACACAGUGUCGACGCCGCUCCCGGAGCCGACGCCUACCGUCUCUGCAAUCCUCCACCGGCUCUUGUUGCUUUGCACAAGGCCGGCCUUGAGAUCUUUGAGGAAGCCGGGAUGGAUCGUUUGCUUUCCAAGCAGUAUUUGCUAACGGGCUAUCUUGAAUAUCUCAUGGAUCAUCUGGAUCCUGCUGGCGAAACUGGAGACGAGAAAUUCGUGGAAAUUAUUACGCCACGUGAUCCCCGGCAGAGGGGCACUCAAUUGUCCGUCAUGUUCCCGUUCUCCGUCAAGGAGAUUCACGAGAAACUGGAGAAAAGAGGAGUUGUGUGUGACGUUCGUUUGCCGAGCGUCAUGCGUUUAGCUCCGACGGCGUCCUACAACACAUUCACGGAUGUUUAUCGAUUUUUCACGGUACUGAAGCAGGUGAUGAUGGAGUGCAGGAUGUAGGCGAAUCUCGUUAUUCCUUUUGACGACAACCAUGGCAACUAAUAUCACGGUCAUGCUCUUUCAACAGAAAAAAAAUAAGUUUUAAGUAAUGACACUAUAGAAGCAAUAGGACAUAGUAUACACAUGUUAUACCCCCCUUUUUGAAUGAAUAAACAUAAAUAUUUGACA